UGUUCAGGUCAAACGUUGUUCGGACGUCCAUGUUCCUGAAUAAAAGUGUGCGUCUGCAUGCGAGUAGAGGCGACAUGGAUUUCAACUUGACACGUUUUGGGCGCGACGCGCACCGCCACGGCGCACUGGCGGAGCUACUUUUGGGCAAUCACUCUUUCCAUUACAACAGCACACCCGACCUCGACCAGGAGGACUUGGAAGUGAACACGGACGCGUACUCCAAAGUGAUCGUGACCAUCAUCUACCUGCUUCUGUUCGCCGUGGGCUCGCUGGGCAACUCCAUCACCCUGUACGCCCUCCUGAGCAAAAAGAGUCUGCAGAACCUGCAAAGCACCGUCCACUACCAUCUGGCCAGCCUGGCCGUGUCCGACCUGCUCAUCCUGGUCCUCUCUAUGCCCAUCGAGCUGUACAACUUCAUCUGGUUCCACCACCCGUGGGUGUUCGGGGACGCAGUGUGCCGCGGCUACUACUUCCUCCGGGACAGUUGCUCGUACGCCACCGCUUUCAACAUCGCCUCGCUGAGCGUGGAGCGCUACAUGGCCAUCUGCCAUCCGUUCAAAGCCAAGAGCAUCAUGUCCGGCAGCCGCACCAAGAAGCUGAUCAGCGCUAUGUGGCUCGCUUCCUUCGCGCUGGCCACGCCGAUGCUCUUCAUCAUGGGCCAGGAGGCGCGUCAGGGCGAGAACAUCUGCACCGCCACCGUGGCCCCUGUCACCAUGAAGACGGUGCUCCAGGUGAAUGCCUUCUUGUCCUUUGUGGUACCCAUGGUGGCCAUUUCCGCGCUGAACGGGAUCAUCGCCAAUCAGCUGUUGCGAAUGUUCCAUGAGGCAGAGCAAGACAACCGUAUCUGCAUCGUUGGUGGGAAUCCCACAAUGCUCAACGUCUCAGUGGAGCCCAAUCGUGCUCAGUCACUUCGCCAUGGAGUUCUUGUUCUUCGAGCAGUGGUCAUGGCCUUUGUGGUCUGCUGGCUGCCUUACCACGCCCGCCGCCUCAUGUUCUGCUACGUCUCUGACUGGUCCGAUAAUUUGUACGACUUCUACCACUACUUCUACAUGCUGACCAACGUCCUCUUCUACGUCAGCUCGGCCAUCAACCCCAUCCUCUACAACUUGGUGUCGGCCCCCUUCCGCCAGAUCUUCUUCUCCACGCUGCGCUACUUCUGCAUGCCCUACCGUCACGCCCCCAGAAGGCACCCCGGCCCUCUGACCCGCCACUCACUCAGCAUCUCCAGCAACCACACACUCUCCACAAACAUCAUCAAGGAGACGGCCUACUGAUUCCAUUGGAACACAUCGCAGUAACACCACCAUUUUAUGAUUACUAGUCAUCUCUGUCAUGGAUUUGGAAAUAAUCCACAACUUUAACCCUUAUUGCGAAACAGUUGUGAAAUAAACAUCUGCUCGCUUUAGUGUGUUGCUUACAACUCUGAACAGGAACGUUAGCGAUGAUGCUAACGCGACAACACCACUGUGUCCUGGCUGAUCCACUAGUUGUAUAAACCACUAAAAUUGGUGAUCAAGGAGUUGCAAUGACAAAGGCGCUCUUAUUUUAAAUUUUCAUUGUCAGUGCAGCAUCUACUUGAUAUACAUUUUCGGACAAAUUUAUUCCACAUCAUUGUAGCUUAACCAUCCACACUUUCGUAUACACAUUAUCAGAGGUGUGGACUCGAGUUACAUGACUUGGGCUCAAAUCAGACUCAAGUGAUGAAUUUGAUGAUUUUAAACUCGACUUCACAAUAUGUUACAAGACUUGCAACCUGAUUUGGACUUGAACAGCAAUGACUUAUGACUUCACUUGGACUACAACCUAUUGACUUGAAAAUACUUGCUAAUUUAACCAAAGCACUGAGAAACCAAAAUUCAUAACUUCUCUACACUAUAUGUAUCACCUAUUGUUAUACUACAGGAAAACAUGACAAGUGACAAAAUAA